AAAUCUACGCUACUAUCAUCGACCUCAAGCCCAAGACACCGCCGACGCCGACAACCAUGGUCAACAUCCCCAAGACUCGCCGGACUUACUGCAAGGGCAAGACGUGCAAGAAGCACACGCCCCACAAAGUGACACAAUACAAAAAGGGCAAAGAUUCGCUGUUCGCUCAAGGAAAGCGUCGUUACGACCGUAAGCAAUCAGGAUACGGUGGUCAGACUAAACCUGUCUUCCACAAGAAGGCAAAGACAACGAAGAAGGUCGUGCUGCGGCUGGAGUGCACAGUGUGCAAGUACAAGAUGCAGCUUUCAUUGAAGCGUUGCAAACACUUCGAGCUCGGUGGUGAGAAAAAGACAAAGGGUGCUGCGCUCCAAUUCUGAGCGCCUUGGGAGCCGUUUCAUAUUUUUGUUUUCCAUUGCUAUGUAUCCCCAAGUACAUUAUGACAUGACAUGCAUGCAUAUCAACUUACGUGUGA